AUGGUGGCGGAGCGGACAUUCGAAACUCCAACGACAACAACAACGAAUCAAUCAUCAUGGUGGUCCAAGGGAAAGGUUAAGGACAAGGCUCAACAUGCCGUCAUCCUCGACAAGGCCAUUUCCGACAAGCUCCAGAAGGAUGUCCAAUCGUACCGUCUCGUCACAGUCGCUGUUCUCGUCGAUAGACUAAAGAUUAACGGAUCCCUCGCAAGAAGAUGUCUGGCGGAUUUGGAGGAGAAGGGACAAAUCAAGAAGGUUGUCGGACACAGCAAGUUGCAGAUCUACACUCGUGCGAUCACCGCUGCAGAAUAG